UCCGAUGACUUGGACGACGUCUCCGUCUCCGUUGCCCUCGACGUCCAGAGCCGGCUCAAUGCUCGAAAUGGCGGGCUCACGUUUCUUCCCAAAGAUACAGACAACGACAACGCCUCUUCUGUCGUCUCCAUCACCAGCGCAUCCGCCAACGUCAACGGGCGAUCCCCUUCGGGCGUCAGUUGGCCCCAUGCUCUCACGAGCUCAUAACUUGCCUUGCUCAACAGCGGCGCAAUCGUUCGCCCAAUUAGUACAGCCAACCUCGCGUUUCCAGCUGGCCCUUGACGCGUUGUUACCUUUGUUGAAUUACCCUAAUGAACUCGCUCAGCGAAUUCUCGUCUCGUUUAUAUUGUACUCGCUAUAUGCGCCCCAUCCAAUAUCCAUCAACCCUUUCAAGUCUGCUUUGUUUGCUACUUAUCUCAAAGAGAGAGAGCAAGCAGUGCAAACAUCAAGCGGAGGCGGAUCCAGCGAAAACGAGCAAUUGGUAUGGGUCUUGUGGAAGAUCUUGAAAGGUGACGGUAAUGAUAUCGGUCCCUACUCUCCACUUACUCUCGCACGUUCGCCUUUACCCCCCGAGCUCAGAGCUUCCAAUCUGACCUUGGACGAAGAAGUGUUUAUAAUGGAGCCAACCACAGACAUUUUGGCUAUCGAACACAAGGAGCAAGAAGGUGAUCAUCGAUACUCUAAUGGUAAAGAAGCAUAUGAGCAAAACAUAACUCAUCCGUCAACGUCGCAUGUAUCUUUGGAACACAAGAUCACACCCGAAGAAGAUGAUAAGAACGAGCGGAUUGCUCGAAGCAUGAAAUUAUUACUGGCUGCGCGUGACCGCGUACUGACACUUUCGGAACAACGCAUUCUGACUCCUCUUAUACCUCAACUAACAUCGCCGCCAAUGAUUACUUCCAUGGACCUGCCGUCCAUUGUCUCUAAUAAUCCUAAUAUAGCUUAUCCCCUCUAUAUCGCUUUGCUGUCUUUGUCUCCAUCCGAAUUAACCUCGCAAGGCCUGUCGCUCUAUCUUGAUGUCCUCAAAUACCUGCCGCCAACCCUGCCUUCAUUUGACCUCCUCGGACGCCUUCUCCGCGACUCCACCAGUAUCACUGACACAUCAACAGGUGGACAAACGACGAUCGCUGAUCUGAUACGGAUCGAAGUCCUCGGUCGCUUUAUACACGAGAGUAUAAACUGGCUCGAUAACGCGGAAAGAGAAGAGAAGGAAGGAUUUAUCAGCGAUGACCGCUUCGCCAAGGGCGUCCAGCACCUUUGUCGGUUCUACAACUCGCUCCUCAAGGGUGGGAUGGUAGAUGCCUCCUCGGACGCCGAUUCAACUGAAAUGGCUCACUUCACACUUCGCAACGCCCGCUUCGAAGAGGCCAAUGCGCUGUAUCGCAUACUCGCUAUUGGUAAAUUUUGAUUUUCAACAAUGCCUAUGCUCUUAAGGGUCGCUAUGAUGAUCUUGAACUAUGCCCAACGCAUCUUAUAUGCUCGCCUUGUAUCCAUGUUACACUUCUUCUCGUACAUGCCUUUUGCCUUGACCGCCAUUAUUUUCAAUGUAAGACAUAGACUAGAGUCGCAGUUGUGUGUACGACCUACUAUGCAAAAUUUCACCCAUGUCAUAACU